AAUUCGUAAAUAAUUGUUUGAUUUGUAUGAAAAUUAAGUUUUUAUUCUGUUUAAUACAGUCAGGAUGUGCUUGUCAUGUGGGUUGUCUACAAAUGAUCCUUUGUAAUUUAGCGCUUUUUCACUGUUUUCUCUUAAAGCUUUGCUUUGAUCAAAUGGCACAAAUAAAAUGUUUCUCGUAUCCUAGGUUAUAAGUUUAUUAGUAAAAAAAAUGUAUUUAUGUUGUUAUAGUUAGAAAGCACUGCAGUAUUGUGUUUAGGUUAUUAUAUCCAUAUUGCGAAAAUGGCAAACACCAACAAAUACGGUCCCAUUAAGGAGACUAUAAUAAAACAAAUUGACGAUUCGGGCGGUAUACUGCUAGAUGAAGCUGUACUAGUGGCUGAACAGGCAAUUCGAAAUGACUUUCUACAAGCUGACACCAAUAAGGAAGACAUGACUGCAGCCUUUGAAAUGCUAGAAUUUCUUAUGGAAAAGCUACAGGACUCCAUGUCACAGACUUUUGUAGUGAAACUUGUUAGUGAUUUGUGUAUGGAUCCUUCACAAACAGUAUUUAGAGAGUGUACAGAAAGUAUGUUGUUAAAAACAAUUGAGGAAAAAUGUUUAACAAAGCAUAUAGUUCUGUGGAAGGAUUACAACAUUGAAUGGCUCAGUACUGUUUUUGAUGAAUUUCUGGAGAAAAAUAGGAAUCAAGAAAUUUUAAAAAAUGUUAUUUUACACAACCUUAUUCCUGAGAUGAUGAAUCUUAACACUCCCCAUCUUGUAAGAAAUAUUUUACUGGAGUUUUCAUUUAAAUUAUUACCUCACAUUCCACCCUGUACAAUAACAAAUUCAGAAUUUGAAGAAUUUAGUAACAACAUAAUAAACACAUACAUUGUUCCAAUAUGCGAGUUGCGUGACAGCGAAUACGAGAACUGGCACAAACUCUGGAUUUUAGUCUUAAAAUUAUCUGAUGAAAAAAUACACCAUUCUGUGACCUUAACAAACCACAUGCUGAGAAUAGUCGAACACGCGUUUAAAAACAUAGACACAUGUGAACAAAGACUGAGGGGUUUCGAGUGUUGGAACGAGUUAAUCAACAAUGCCGCCCUUAAUUACGAUCAUUUGUCCAGUACGAAACAGAUAAAACUGCUUUUAACGCCGUUGAAGGCGAAAUUCUUCAAACAGGACGAAGUUAUAUUGAAAAGGUUUGAGCUGUUCGUCAAUGUGAUUGAAAAAUUGGGACCGAAAGCGACGCUGUGUCUGUCGGAAUUUCUGGAGUUUUGCUUCGGGUCGCCCAACGAAAGUACGGAUCCGAAAAAGAAGAAACCUCGACACGCCAAAGCGAUUAAGGACCUUUGGGUUAAGAUUAUCACUGCUCUUUUGGAGUUACUUGGCCAUACGGACGAGUGUUCCCUAAAACUAAUCAAAUUUGAUACUGAAAUACUAACACCAGAUAACAUCGACCCCUUUUUGGCAAUUCUUGUAAAGUCAAUUAGCGAAAGUUGUAUUUUAUUAAACGACUCUCAGUUUGAUAGCUCAAGAGACCAGAUAAGCCAGUGUUUAUGGUCGCGUUUAUUCGACAUCGUGAGUGACUGUAAUAAGGAGAUAACUCAAAAAACUUUAGAAGUUCUUCUGCCUUUCUUGGAGGCGUAUUUCGAGGAGUUUCCUACUCGGAAGUUAAUUAUUGGUAACUUUUUUUACGUAAUAAUAUCAAAAAAUUCAGAAUUUACAAAUGUAGUUUUAAAACACUUACCAGUGCAUUUCUUACCAGUGAUAAUUAGUUCAGUAAGUAUAAAGCCAUAUAAUCGGAAACUUGUACAGACAAAAAUUUACAACAACAUGGACAACCCAAAGACUUUUAAGUUCUUCCUUGAAAAUUUUAAUAAAAUACAGCUAUGUGAAGAAAUUAAUUUAACCAUGGCUUGCGAUUUUUGGCUCGCCUGUUCCAAAUAUGUGUUACUGGAUAUUUUCAAUAAUGAGGCGUAUCAGUAUUCGUCCUAUCUUGUGUGGCCAGUGCAGUAUUACUUUCAAAUUGAGGACGUCACAUCAAAGGAAAUAGACAAUGCCUGGGCAAAGGUUUACCAGAAAGUAUGUAAAGAUUCAGGCAGUCAUAAACUGCAGCUCUUAGAAGAACUGGAAAAAGUGUAUGAAUUAAAUUCUUCAUUAAGUUCAAAUGUUUUAAAAUUCAUAGAAGCAAUAACAAGUAUUGAAGAAAUAUUUACUGAUGAGUUUGUUACAAAACUGAUGAAAAUUACGACAAAAAUAUGUUCCACACCUAUAGCGACGAAAAAGGAUCUGGACUUGAUAGUUACCAUACUAAAAUUGUACUUAAAUACGAAUUUGUCCUUUUACCAAGAGUCCACACUUAACGGAGUAAAUAAUAUAUGUUUAUGCAUAGAAAAAACUAUUAAAUGCCAUGGUAAUUUUGAAAUUUUGCCAGAUUUAUUAAGUUUUUUAGAAAAAGCAAGUGGCGAAGUGAAAUCUGCUUUUAGUAAAUCGUUGAUAGAUUUAAAAGACGUACAGUGUAAUGAUAAAAAUUUAAAUGGCGUUCUUGUAAAGGUUUUGGAUGUGUUAGGUAUUAAAUCUAUUGACAAUGGGUCCUCCAAAUUACCAAGGAGUAGGGCAGCAAGAAUUGCCAAUUACAAAGGGAAUCCGUAUUCUCCCAAAAAUGAGGCAAUUGAAAAUAGUAAACCUUUAAAAUCACCUUCAAACCCAGAUAGCCCUCAGAUAUGUAAUUAUUUGGGUAAUAUCAACGAAUAUAAUGUUCGGUCGCCUUCCAGAGCAAGGAAAAUGGUUGAAAUUUCUCAAGAUAUAAUUGAAAAUUCUGAAGAAGGUUCAAAGAAUGUGCGUUCUACGAGUUUAAAAAUAAACAGGGAAAACAGGCAAAAUUUAACUAAUGAAAUAGCUUCAAAUGACUAUUCUCCAGAUGAGUCACAUUUGAAUAAGAAACCAGAGGUUGAUUCACCAGGUGAAAGUGAUAUAAUAGAGGACACAGAAGAUGUUCUGAAGGAAAUAAAUAAAAGUCACUCUUCAACAAAAUCUCCAAAGCCAAAACUAGCAUAUAAUAUUAGUUCACCAAAAAAUCGGGCUUCAAAAAUAGCCGAACAACAGAAUGAUGAAAAUGAAAAAAAUCCUGCUCCUCAGGACUCAGUUUUCAGAACUAGAUCAAGCAGGAUUUCUAACAUCAUUGAAAACCAUAAGUCUCCCAGGACUACCCCAAUGACUAAGGAAACAGAACCAUCAAAACUUCUCCAAUUAUCAACAAGAACGAAGAACUUAUUUAUUAACAUGGAGACGAAAGAUUCGGUCUCCACAAACAUCGAAACGGAGCCGCAGAUAAUUAUUCCUCUGGAAAACGUUGUUACUGAACCAAAGUCUCCAAAAGGCCAAGCUCAAAACGAUUCAAAAGGUGCAGAUACUGCAGAAAACACUAGAGAUAGGUCAAGAUCAACAAGAACACACAACAAAUCUAUUAAUGAUGAAAAUACAAAAUCAGGAGACAAAUCAGAAAGUAGGACAACAAAGAAAUCUCCUGUAGAAAACGUAGAAAAUCCGGUAUCGGGUGUUGAAAUAGGAAAAAGCGGAGCUAAAACCCCAAAUCCAGAUUCUCCAAAAAUUCAAAAAAAACUUAAAUCAAGAAGACGUUCAAAUAAUGCUAAUACUGAAAAACUUUUAGAACCCGCAUCUCCAAAGAAUUCUAUUAAAAAUCAUGAAAACGAAGAGAAUAAUAUACGUAUGGAUGAACGUAUUUCUCCUGGCAAAAAAAUAAAUAUAGUACAAAAUAUUUUAUUAAACAGUCCAAGUAACAUUAAUGUUGGUGUUGACGUAGGAAUUAAUGGAACGUUACCCAAAUCAAAUGCUAUAAAACCGGAUACUCCAUUAACUACAGUUUCUAAAAAUGACCAGAAAUCAAAUAACUAUGUUAAAAGGCUUCACAUAGAUGCGGUUAGUAGCCCAAUGAGGUCAAGAAAGAGAUUACGGGACGAUAAAAUCGUAAAUCAAAAGUCUGAAAGUAGUCCAAAGAACAAGAGAGUGAAAAGUUCCGAUAGAAAAAAAGAACCAAACCAAACUGGUGAUUUGGAUAGUCAAGUUAAGAAGAAUAAAGAUAAUGAAAAGAAUCUUCAAGAUAACCUGUCGGCGAAUGAAGAAGCGGAAGUUCAAAGAGAGAAGAAAGACUAUCAAAACGAAGAUAUUCAAAAACAUAACAAAAGUAAGAAAACAAAUACGUUAAAGACUGAUACCAAAAAUGGUAAAGAUGAGAGCUUUACAACUACCAAUAAAAAGCACAAAUCUCAAUCAAAUAACAAAGAAGCUACCAACCAAAUUUCUAUUAGUACAAAAUUGGAUGAGACUGCUAAUCAAAAAAUAUCCCGUGAUGAUAAUAUUAAGAAUACCAGUUUUCAAGGGGAAAUUACUAGUGAUUUGAAGCAAGUAAUUACACGAACAAAAAGCACUGAAAAUUUAGAAAGUAAACCGUCCGAUUCUGAUACCAAAGUCCCUAGAAGUCGACCAAAAAGAAAUUCUGAUAAAAUAAAUAAAAAAGAAAGUAAGCUAGAUAUUUCCGGCGAUAAUCUCAGUAAAACCAACACCCCAAAACAAAAUGAUUUAGAUCGACGUAAAAGAGAUAAAAGCUUAAAAACGAAACAAGACAAAGAUAUCUCGAUUAAAGAUGAAAUUGGUGAUUGUUUUCAAGGUGAUGAAGAAAUUAGAAGAAAACCGAACAGUUUGGAAACAUCUUGGGAAGAAACUGACAUUACUUCCACUAACACCGAGAAGCCUUCACUCAAAGACAAUUCUAAAAGUGAUGUUUCUAUAGAAAACGGGGAACAAACUGUCUUGGAAGAAAGCAAUAUAAAGAGUGAUGAUGAUAUACAGGUCUCCAAAAGAAGCAGGGGCAGGCCAAAAACAAAUGGCAGGAUAAUAUUAAAACCAAAGAGUUUCAUUCGCAAAUAUUCAUUAAGGAAAAAGAAAGAAGAAACUGUGGAUACCGUUAAACAUGCAAUAGAAGUGGCUAUUAAGAAAUCACAAGAAUCGGAAGAUAUAAUAGACAAUUCUCAGACAAGUAGCAUCAAUAUUACACCAAUGUUAUCGCCUAACGUAAACAGGUCUUCAAGAAGUCCUAAAAAAUUAACGUCGGAAGACAAAGCAUCUAAUUCGUCUUUAACAGAUACAAUAACGCCUUCCGAUUCUGAAUCGCCGCUAUGUGACAAUUUGGUGAAGGUUUCAAAAACUGUUAUUAAAUUUGAUUUGCCUAAAAAACCUGAUUUGACAGAUUCGGAAAAAAUCGUCAGCGAAAUGGAUACUGUCACUUUACUCUCUGAACAAAUAGCGUUCGAUAACACAUCGACAAGCGUGAAAAACACACAACAGAGUAAGCUUACAACUUCGGAAGACGUCAAGGAUGAGUUGGACAUGCCUGGCACUCCAGUUUCCAAAACAAUCAUCCUACCUGCAUCACCUGUCAACGGCGACACCCCAAACAAAACGAAGGAGCUACUUAAUGACACACACGAUAUAUCUCCGAUUGGUAGUCAGGACGUUGAUGAAGAUGCUGAUUUAAAAACUACCAGUCCCGAGACGCAAACAGAUUCUCCUGAUAAUAAAACCAAGACUAGGAUGCGAAGGAUGUUGAGACGCGACAGUGACACCGUAAAGUCCCCGUCCAGCUCCAGAGUAAGAAAACUGAUGUCCAAGUUAAAUUUGGAGCAAAACUUACCGAAAGUCAAAAACAAGACCCACGUGUUCGAGUUUAAGAAGUCGGUACCUAGUCCGCUGGCGAAGCCAAAAAGUAGCAUCCUAAAGAGGAAGUUGUCGGAAUUAAGCGAAGAAGACCUUCCAGCCUCUAAGAAGAAACGAGUUAAUUUCUCUUGCCCCGCCACCACGUCCAGGAAGGUAAUUUUAAAAGAAUCCAAAGAUAUAUUUUCCGAAUUAGAUGAUAUAGAGUCGGAACAGAGUUUAGAUAUAAUCAACGCUCAUCUUUUGGACAACGAAAAUCCCAUUUAUUCUAAACUAGUGUCUUGUUCUGAUGAUGUGAUGGAAGUGUUGAAACAAAUAACAAGUCCGAUGGUGGCGAAGGUGUGGCAUAAUGAACUCUCCCAGCAGAAAAUAGCGACGGUUGGCGAUUUGGCCAGUAAAACUGAAACGGAAGUCAACAGACUGCCUUUAAAAAGUCCUGUAGUCAGUAACGUUUACAAGGCGUUGGAUAGGUUUUAUCAGAAAAAGGAACUGGAAGGCUCAUCUGAUAUUGAUUGUGAAGUUGUGAACGAUAAUUGUAAAGAACAAUUGGAUUUCCUUAUGAGUAAAAUCACCAAGCCGACUUUAAUCAAAUAUCUGUUGGAGUAUCUGUCUGCCGAAGAUGUAAAUGACGUUCUUCAACAUAACAGCUUUAAUAUGAAAGAUAAAUUGGCAUUAUCAUUAGCCACAAAGUCAGUGGAUGAUAUAUUUGAGUUCCAUAAAACAACUUAUUCUAAUGUCCCUGAUGACCAGAAAAAUGCAUUACUUGUUAAGUUAUUAAAUUUUGUUACUUCAGAAGUUUCACAAAGAUUUUCUGGAAAUUGUUCUACAUAGGAGCACUACAUAUAUAUUUGUAAUAUAUAUUAUUAAAAAUAAAAUCUA